AUCAAAUGUCAUAGAUGGCGUUAGUGACAUCUUUUGCCGAAACAAAGAUUACAGACCGCCAUGUUAUUUGUGCAUUGUCAUUGGCAGGAGCAAUAGCAGACGUAGUAUCAAAUAAUAAUUACAGAAAAAAAAAUAAAAUAAGAUGGCUAGUGGUGCUCUCUUCAGCAAUAACACCGUCCGGGGUGCAAGUAAAAAUCUAGUCGAAUUAAAAGCUGGAAAAAUGACGAUGAAGGGAAAAACAGUGUACCCUGAUACGAGAAAAGGACUUCUCUACGUUUAUCAAUCGGAUGAUUCUCUAAUGCAUUUCUGCUGGAAAGACAGAACUUCCGGAGUUAUCGAAGAUGAUUUAAUUAUUUUCCCGGAAGACUGUGAAUUCAAACAUGUGCCUGAUUGUAAAACUGGCCGCGUUUAUAUUUUAAAAUUUAAAUUGUCCAACAAAAAAUUUUUUUUCUGGCUCCAAGAUAUGAAAACAGAAAAAGACGAAGAGCACUGUAAAAAAAUAAACGAUGUCCUAAAUAACCCACCAACCCCAGGAUCUCAGCGCAGCGGUGGUACUAACCCUGAAGGAGACUUGCAAAACCUCCUGAACAACAUGUCUCAGCAACAAUUAAUGCAGCUGUUCGGUGGAGUCGGGCAAAUGGGUCUAGGUAAUUUAUUAGGAACAAUGAGGGAGCGGCCACACAGCUCAAGAACUACAACUUCGUCAACUCCCGUUACUACCAGCGCUACGAGACCUCCAGCAGCACAGACUCCAGCUCCCACUACCGUUACACCCAGCGAGACACCUAGGUCGAGCUCCGGAACCACUAAAACCUCAGGGUCAAAACCUGCAUCUUCAAGCUCAACCAAUUUGUUAGAUAGAACUCCUGCAACUUUAAUGAGUGACCCUCACUUAUUUGAUCUCCAGAGACACUUGUGGAAUUUUCCAUCACCUCAAGUCAACCAGACGGAUGUAGAGACUGAGCUGACAAAUUCCAUCCCGGCGGCGAUAACGUCAUCAGAAAGCCUGGAGCGAACAAUGAGCAAGCACUUGCCAUCCGGGGACAAUCUGUGUACUACGUUGUCGUCCCCCCAGUUCUCUCAGGCGCUAUCAAUGUUCUGGUCUGCUUUGCAGUCGGGCCAGGGCGCUCCAAUGGUUCGUCAAUUCGGACUUGGACCAGACACCGUCAACGCCGCAGCUACUGGGAACCUCGAGGAAUUUGUCACCGCCUUGGAGACCGAGGCCAAGAAGGAUCAAGAGCAGACUUCCUCAACCACUGUUGCUUCCUCGAAUCCUGAAGAUGAGUCCGCUAAGAAGGACGACCCAUCCAGCGCUAAGAAGGACGACAGUAAGGACGAUGAAAUGGCCUUGGAUUAAAAAAUAAUAAUAAACAUUAUAUGUUAUUAUUAUAUAUUACAACUAUUAUUAUAAUGAUACACUUAUAUAUUAUAUUGUAAUUUUUAUUUUCACUUUUUCAAUACACCAACAAAUAUGUUAUUAAAAUUAAUACCAGUAUAGUUAUAACUAAAAAUUGGUUGAUAGAUGAAUGUUAAUCUUCGUACGCUUUUCAUCGAAUUUUCAUCAAUAAAUCCUCAAUUCAUUGUCAUAAGUCGAUAAUAAUAAUAAUAAUAAAUAAUAAUAAAAAAUCUAAAUCAAUUGAA